GCGGCUCUCAGCCCGCACUCAGCACCGCAGGAGCCCGCCGGGAGCUCGCGCAUGGAGGCGCUGGGCAGCUUUUUCCUCUUUGUUUGUCCUUGAAGGAAGUUUACUUGUAAGCAGAGCGCGAUGGAAGCGCCGGUUCUCUACACGAAGUCUGCCCGAGUUUGGAUCCCAGACCCUCAGGAGGUUUGGAGAUCUGCAGAGCUGACCAAAGACUACAGACCAGGAGACACUGUCCUACACCUCCAGUUUGAGGAUGGCACGGAGCUGGAAUACAAAUUGGACCCCCAAAGCAGGACCCCGCCUCCCCUGCGUAACCCAGAUAUCCUGGUGGGCGAGAAUGACCUCACCGCUCUGAGCUACCUGCACGAACCGGCCGUAUUGCACAACCUGCGCAUCAGAUUCAUCGACUCGAAGCUUAUCUACACCUACUGCGGAAUCAUCUUGGUGGCUAUCAAUCCAUACGAGACGCUGCCGAUCUAUGGUACAGACAUCAUCCAUGCAUACAGUGGGCAGAACAUGGGCGACAUGGACCCACACAUUUUUGCGGUUGCUGAAGAGGCCUACAGAAAGAUGGCUAGAGAUGAGAGGAAUCAGUCCAUCAUAGUGAGUGGAGAGUCUGGAGCAGGGAAGACCGUAUCCGCUAAAUACGCCAUGCGCUACUUUGCCACAGUCAGCGGCUCCUCCACGGAGACCCGUGUGGAGGAGAAAGUUCUGUCAUCCAGCCCUAUAAUGGAGGCGAUCGGAAAUGCAAAGACAACCAGGAAUGACAACAGCAGUCGCUUUGGGAAGUAUGUUGAGAUUGGAUUUGAUCGGAAUUGCUGCAUCACUGGGGCUAACAUGAGGACGUACCUGCUGGAGAAGUCCCGUGUUGUGUUUCAGACAACUGAAGAGCGCAACUAUCAUAUCUUCUACCAGCUGUGUGCCUCUGCCCAUUUACCUGAAUUCAAAGCUCUGCACUUAGGCAGCGCGGCUGAGUUUCACUGUACUAAUCAAGGCAAAAACCCAGUCAUAGACGGAGUGGAUGAUGUCCAGGAAAUGCAAGUCACUCGGAAGGCUUUCUCACUUCUGGGUAUUAGUGAAAGUCAACAAUUGGAUUUGUUCCAAAUCCUGGCUGCCAUUCUUCACCUGGGAAAUGUAGAAAUGAUGGGGAAAGGCUCAGGAAACUGCAGCGUCUCAGCUGAAAACAGUCACCUUACUAUAUUCUGUGAUCUGCUGAUGGUGUCUCCUGAGGCCAUGGCCCAUUGGUUGUGUCAUAAAAAACUGAAGACUGCGACAGAAACCUUCAGUAAGCCUCUGGCCAAAACGGAGGCUGUGGACGGCCGUGACGCCUUAGCUAAGCACAUCUAUGCCAAGCUUUUUACAUGGAUAGUCAGUCAGAUCAAUAAAGCUCUGUAUUCAUCCAGCAAGCAGCAAUCGUUCAUUGGGGUGCUGGACAUCUAUGGGUUUGAAACGUUUGAAAUAAACAGUUUUGAGCAGUUUUGUAUUAACUACGCUAAUGAAAAACUCCAACAGCAGUUUAACAUGCAUGUGUUCAAACUGGAGCAAGAGGAAUACAUAAAAGAGAAGAUUCCAUGGACUCUGAUUGAUUUCUAUGACAAUAAGCCAUGUAUUAGCCUGAUUGAGGCCAAGAUGGGAGUGUUUGAUCUGCUUGAUGAGGAGUGCAUGAUGCCAAAAGGAUCAGAUAAUUCAUGGGCACAAAAGCUCUAUAACACCCACUGGAAGAAGAGCGAGCACUUUGACAAACCACGCAUGUCCAACAAGGCCUUCAUCAUCCAUCAUUUUGCAGACAGGGUAGAGUAUCAUUGUGUUGGGUUUCUGGAGAAAAACAAAGACACGGUGAAUGAGGAACAGAUAAAUGUGCUGAAAUCGAGUAAGUUUGCUUUGCUGCUGGAGCUUUUCCAGGAAGAGAAAAGAGCCCCAGGUAAAGUAGCCUCAAGUCGCACAAAGAUGACUCAAAUGGGCCAGUCUGUCAGAGAGCACAAGAAAUCUGUUGGACUGCAAUUCCGAAACUCUUUGCAGUUGUUGAUGGACACUUUAAAUGCCACAACUCCUCAUUAUGUGCGCUGCAUAAAGCCCAAUGAUCAGAAAACUCCUUUUGUAAUGAACCCCAUUAGAGCAGCACAGCAGUUGAGGGCAUGUGGCGUACUGGAGACCAUCCGCAUCUCUGCAGCAGGCUUUCCAUCCAGGUGGACCUAUGAGGAAUUUUUCAGUCGGUACCGAGUUCUGAUGAAGCAGAAGGAUGUGAUGUCAGACAUGAAAUUAACCUGCCAGAAUGUUCUGGAACAGCUGAUACAGGACGCAGAUAAGUACCAGUUUGGGAAAACCAAGAUCUUCUUUCGGGCAGGGCAGGUGGCAUAUUUGGAGAAACUACGGGCCGAUAAACUCCGUAAGGCUUGUGUGCAGAUCCAGAAGACCAUCCGGUGCUGGCUCGCCCGCAAGAAAUACCUGCGUCUGCGCAGAGCAGCAGUCACCAUGCAGAGAUACACACGUGGACACCAGGCUCGGGCCUUGUAUAAGUCUCUGAGGAGGACAAAAGCAGCUGUGGUGAUCCAGAAAUACCAGCGACGGUAUGCAGCCAGGCAACUUUACAAGCAGAAACGAGCAGCAGCAGUACUCCUGCAACGCCUGCUUCGUGGACAUGGAGCCAGACUGCGAUAUCGACAGCUAUGGUAUGAGCAGAAGGUGGUGGUGGUGCAGCGCUGGGUGCGCGGAUGGCUAGCACGGCUGCACUACAGACGCACUGCUCAGGCUGUGGUGUAUCUGCAGUGCUGUGUGCGCCGAAUGCUGGCUCGACGAGAGCUCAAGAAACUCAAGAUUGAGGCACGUUCAGUUGAGCACUACAAGAAACUCAGCGUAGGCAUGGAGAACAAGAUAAUGCAGUUACAGAGGAAAGUGGAUGAGCAGCAUAAAGAGAACAGGGAGCUGUCCGAGCGCUUGUGUGCAGUUGAGAGCUGGAGUAUGGCAGAGAUGGAUAAAUUGUGCACCCAGCUGGAAACUCUGCACAGGGCGGAGGAAGAAGCUCGUCGUUUUAGCGGUCAGGUAUCUGCUCUGGAGGAGGAGCUGGGAUUAACCCGGCAUGAACUGGAAACCAGCAAAAAGAUGCUUGCUGAGCUGAAGGAGACAAACUGUCUGCUGAAGUCUGAGAAAGAUGAGCUAAACAAACUGAUCCAGGAGCAGAGCCAACAGAUUACUGAUCAGCUACAGGAGGCCCAUAAGGAAUACACCAAGCAUCUGCAAAUGGAGCUUAAUGAAGCGCGUACUCACUACCAGAACCUUCUGACUGAACACAUCAAACUGGAGGCCCAGUACACUGAUCUGAAAUCUGAGCGAGAGGCUGCAACAUAUACUACCAAACUGGGUCACUUAAGAAAAGACUCUGCUUUCAGUAGCAAUGAAUCAGAAUACACUCAUUGCUCUGAGUUCACAGGGUCGGAUGUCAGCAUACAGGUUCAAGAGGAUGAGGUAAAAGGAAGUCUGGAUGUGGCUCUCCUGCUGAAGUUGCAGAAGAGAGUUGCUGAGCUGGAACAGGAGAAGAUGAACCUGCAAAGAGAAUGGGAUUCCAGAGAGGAGCAGCUUCAGCAGGAAUACACCAAGGACCUGGAUGAGUAUCGGAGAACAUUAGGAGCUGAAAGAGACUACGAGGCCCAGAAGCGACAGGAGCUGGAGUCCGCAAAUAAGAAGCUGAAGAAGGAUCUGAAUGAGCUGCGUGUGUCUCUCACUGCAAGGAAGGGCUCAGGGUCCGCACCAGCCAUUAACGUGCUCCUGGAGCAGCUGCGCUCCACUACUGAAGAGUUGGAAAUGCGCAAAGAGGAAGUGCUUAUACUGCGCACUCAGCUGGUCAAUCUAGAGGGCUUCAAGUAUAAGGAAGCAGCAAUGGAAAGUAACUUGAGUGACACUAGCAGAUCCUCCACUCUAGAUCUACGUGAGCUGAAUGAGGAUGGAGAGCUGUGGAUGGUAUACGAGGGAUUGAAGGAAACAAACAGGGUGCUGGAGUCUCAGUUGCAAGCUGAAAGGCAAAGUCAUACAGAGGAGCUGGAAGCCCUGAGAGCAGAGUUGCAGGUCUUCAAAGGGGAGCAAAAGCAGCAGAAGUAUCCUCUCUCUGAUGCACUACAACUGCCUCAGGAUGGUCAUCUAACUGCAGCCCUCCAGAGCGAGAUCAGUCGCCUCACCAAACACAAUCUGGAACUAAUGGAACAAAUGGACAAGCAGGAAAAGACCACUUGCAAGCUGAAGAAACAGCUGAAAUUUUACAUGAGGAAGCUUGAGCCUGAUAAUAUCUCUUUGGAUCAGCCUUGUACAGAAAACAGAGAGCGAGAUGUUCAGCCAGAGGUGAACAUCCUGCGCAAAGAGCGACAUUGUCAGGGCAUGCUGGAGUACAGAAAGGAGGAUGAGGCCAAGCUGUUUAGGACCCUAAUCACUGAUCUAAAGCCUAGAGGGGUUGCAGUGAACCUGAUCCCAGGCCUACCAGCUUAUAUUCUCUUCAUGUGCCUCCGCCAUGCUGACUACACUAACAGUGACCAGAAAGUCCGCACGCUGCUCAACUCCUCAAUCAGCAGCAUCAAGAAUGUGCUAAAGAAAAGAAGCUGUGAUUUUGAAAUGGUGUCAUUUUGGUUGGCCAGCACAUGCCGCUUCCUGCACUGCCUGAAACAGUAUAGUGGAGAAGAGGUCUACACUAAACACAACACUCCCCAGCAGAAUAAACAGUGUCUGCUGAACUUUGACCUGACUGACUACAGGCAGAUUCUGAGUGACUUGAUCAUCCAGACCUACCAUCAGCUCAUCAAAUGCAUGGAGGAUGUCCUUCAGCCUAUGAUUGUGGCAGCCAUGUUGGAGCAGGACACCAUUCCUGGCGUGUUGGGGAUCAAGCCCACAGGGUUCAGGAAGCGUUCCUCUUGCUCCUUCACACUGGAGACCAUUUUGAAACACCUCGAUUCAUUCCACUCUACUCUGCUCCAGCAUGGAAACGAUGCCGAAGUCAUCAGACAAGUGCUCAAACAACAGUUUUACAUCAUCUGUGCCACUACACUCAACAACCUGCUCCUGCGCAAGGACAUGUGCUCGUGGAGCAAAGGGCUGCAGAUCAGGUAUAAUUUGAGUCAGCUGGAGGAGUGGCUGAUGGCGAAGGGAGUGCAGAGUGGUGGGGUGCGGGAAACUCUGGAGCCUCUGAUUCAGGCUGCUCAGCUGCUGCAGAUCAAGAAAAAGAGUCAGGAAGAUGCAGAGGCCAUUGCCACGAUGUGCACAGCGCUCACUGCCACACAGAUUCAGAAGAUCCUCAACCUGUACACACCAGUAAAUGAGUUCGAGGAAAGAGUGUCUGCAUCAUUUAUAAAAUCUGUACAGGCUUUGUUAAAGGACCGUCAGGAAUCUCCUCAGUUGCUCAUGGACAGCAAAAUGAUCUUCCCCCUCAGUUUUCCCUUUAACCCGUCUCCUGUGGCCCUCGAGAGCCUCCAGAUCCCCCAAAGCCUCAACCUUGGCUUCCUCAUAAAGCUCUAACAGCCAUCAAGAGCAUCAUAAUUUAUUUGAUGCCCAAAGGAAGCUUUCACUGCACUGAGAAAUAUAUUAAAAAAAAAAUUAUAACCAAGAUCACUAGAUGUUAUUCCAGUGCUUUGUUCCAGCAUAAAAUCUGUCCUGACUGUGGAACUGGUAAUGAAAUGGCAGAUUUGGUUAACACCUUCAGAUUUCUUCAUCUUUUAUUCCAAAGAGGAUCAAACAGGCCACCAAUGGGAGCCUUAGGCUUUUUUUUUGUUCAUUCACUGGGCUGUUUAAUGCAGUGCUACAGGUCUAUGCAGAACGUACCUCAUAAUUUAGCUAUAUACACCGUGGCGUUUUUACUACUGAAACCAUUUUUGCUUCCUUAAGGACUGGGGUACAGUGAUGAAAUCUUAAUAAUAAUGCGGGUCUGUGGAUAGUCCAGCUGAGUAUCUACUACAAUCAUCUUUGGAUAAAAGCACCUACUUUUGUCGAAAACUGACUUUCGGUUUGAUGUCUGCAGGGUCAGCUUUGCCUCAUGGGUGUAAAAACUUUUGGACAUUGCACGUUUAUGAGGUGUUAUCUGGGCUUUGUUCUUUCUUUGUGCUUGUUAACUUUGUUUUAAUGUUAUUUAAUUUCUAGUAUUGCCUACAUUUAUUUUCACAAGCCAAAAGAAGAUUGAUGUCUCUCCUUGAAGCUGCGUAGUGAGCGUGACGAAAAUGAAAAUGGUUUACAUAGUAGAUAUUUAUUCCAGGUCUCACGAUGGUGUAGCAGGUAGCAUUGCCACCUCACAGCUCCAGGGUCCUGGAACGGAACCCAAGCUAAGGUUACUGCAUGUCCAGAUAUUUGCGUGUUCGUAUCCAUGGUUAUCCUGAACAGGAUAGAGCGGAUACUGAACGUGACCAAUUAUAAUUUAUUAAUGAUUUUGUUUAUUAAAUGUUCCAAUGUAUGAUUUGUAGCCUUUGUGGGAUUCUCACUUGCAAAAACCUAAAGCUAAAGGGGAAAAAUAUUUUUCUGUCUACUUUUGUAGUAAGGUGCGGCAUGGCGGCGCAGCAGGUAGCUCUGCUGCCUAACAUGUUCUCUCAGGUUUCCUCCCAUCUUCCAAAAGAUGGAUUGCUGACUCUAAAUUGCCACACCCUUUCUGUUAAAGUCUGUGUGUUUGUACAUGCAUGGUGCACCGUAAUGGACGACUUCUAUUCCCACCUCACACCCAGUGUUCCUGGAAUAAAGUCCGGAUCCAUGACCCUGAUCAGGAUAAAGUGGUUCAUGAAUGAAGUUUGUUAUUGCAAUGUAAUUAAUUCUGAUGUGUGUUAUUAGAGUAUUAUGAAACAAGAAGAGCAAACUUUCUAUCAAAACAAAAAUGCUGUUUUUUUUAAAGCUAUUUUCCA